ACGUAAAGUUUGUGCAGCUCAAAGUGACGCAAAAAUUCUUAAAGAGCUCUUUGGCGGCGGAUAUCUAGAGAUCAGACCAUGUGAGGGAACGCGAGUACAAAUACGGCCGCGCGGGCGCCAGCUGCGGCACAAGCAGCGGCCGCCCCAGGGCCUCGAGGGCGCGAGGGUCGCCCCGCCGCGCAGAGCCCGGGCCAGCCUCCCCACCGACGGCCGGCAGAGCUCUCAAUCCCAUUGAUAUAAAGCUCGGAGGACAUCCAAAGACCUGAACACCAAGGACCCAGUUCAGGUCCUUGGCAGAGGGGCAUCAGUACAUUCUACUAGACGGCAGGAUGGAGACCACACCCUUAAAUUCCCAGAAGGGGCUGUCAGCAUGUAAGGAUGGAGAAGAUUGUCAGGAAAACGGCAUUCUGCAGAAGCGUGUCCCUGCCCCUGGGGAUAAGGCAGGGUCCAGCCAAAUCUCCAAUGGGUACUCAGCAGUCCCGAGCCCUGGUGCAGGAGAUGACACUCAGCGCUCCAUCCCAGCGGCCACCACUACCCUAGUGGCUGAGGUUCAUCAAGGGGAACGGGAGACCUGGGGCAAGAAGGUGGAUUUCCUCCUCUCUGUCAUUGGCUAUGCUGUGGACCUGGGCAACGUCUGGCGCUUUCCCUACAUAUGUUACCAGAAUGGAGGGGGGGCAUUCCUGCUGCCCUACACCAUCAUGGCCGUCUUUGGAGGCAUCCCGCUCUUCUACAUGGAGCUCGCGCUGGGCCAGUACCACCGGAAUGGAUGCAUCUCCAUAUGGAGGAAAAUCUGCCCAAUCUUCAAAGGGAUCGGGUUUGCCAUCUGCGUCAUCGCCUUCUACAUCGCCUCCUACUACAACACCAUCAUGGCCUGGGCACUCUACUACCUCAUCUCCUCCUUCACGGGCCAGCUGCCCUGGACCACCUGCAGGAACACAUGGAACACAGGCAACUGCACCAACUACUUCUCCGAGGACAAUGUCAGCUGGACGCUCCACUCCACGUCUCCCGCAGAAGAAUUUUACACGCGCCACGUCCUGCAGAUCCACCGGUCCAAGGGACUCCAGGAUCUGGGGGGCAUCAGCUGGCAGCUUGCCCUCUGCAUCAUGCUCAUCUUCACUGUUAUCUACUUUAGCAUCUGGAAAGGCGUCAAAACAUCUGGCAAGGUGGUGUGGGUGACAGCCACUUUCCCUUACAUCAUCCUUGCGGUCCUGCUGGUGAGGGGAGCCACCCUUCCUGGAGCCUGGAGGGGUGUUCUCUUCUACUUAAAACCCAACUGGCAGAAACUUCUGGAGACAGGGGUGUGGGUGGAUGCUGCUGCACAGAUCUUCUUCUCUCUUGGUCCUGGCUUUGGGGUCCUACUGGCUUUUGCUAGCUACAAUAAAUUCAACAACAACUGUUACCAAGACGCCCUGGUGACCAGUGCGGUGAACUGCUUGACGAGCUUUGUGUCAGGAUUUGUCAUCUUCACGGUACUGGGGUACAUGGCUGAGAUGAGGAACGAAGAUGUAUCUGAGGUGGCCAGGGACGCAGGCCCCAGCCUCCUCUUCAUCACAUACGCAGAAGCCAUAGCCAACAUGCCAGCAUCCACGUUCUUCGCGAUUAUCUUCUUCCUGAUGUUAAUCACACUAGGCUUGGACAGCACGUUUGCAGGCCUGGAGGGGGUGAUCACAGCUGUGCUGGAUGAGUUUCCACACUUCUGGUCCAAGCGCCGAGAGUGGCUUGUGCUCGGUGUGGUUGUUACCUGCUUCUUUGGCUCCCUGACCACCCUGACUUUUGGGGGUGCCUACGUGGUGAAGCUGCUGGAGGAGUACGCCACGGGGCCUGCGGUGCUCACCGUCGUCCUGACAGAAGCGGUUGCUGUGUAUUGGUUCUAUGGUAUCACUCAGUUCUGCAGUGAUGUGAAGGAAAUGCUUGGCUUCAGCCCUGGGUGGUUCUGGAGGAUCUGCUGGGUAGCCAUCAGCCCUCUCUUUCUCCUGUUCAUCAUUUGCAGUUUUUUGAUGAGCCCACCCCAGCUACGCCUUUUCCAAUAUAAUUAUCCUCCCUGGAGUAUCGUCCUGGGUUACUGCAUAGGAACUUCGUCUUUCAUCUGCAUCCCCACAUACAUAACUUAUCGGCUGAUCAUCACUCCAGGGACAUUUAAGGAGCGUAUUAUUAAAAAUAUCACUCCAGAAACACCAACAGAAAUUCCCUAUGGCGACAUCCGCUUGAAUGCUGUGUAAAAGCUUUGGUGAGCAGAACGUGGCUUCCCAGCACCCCUCCAGUUCUGACAAGUCAUACCCCACCUUCUCCCCUCUAAGUGAAUGAGUUUCCAGCUGAGACUGACAAUGGAAGGACCCUCUUUGUAGAGAUGUGGUCCCCAAAGACUAUGAUGCCCAGACUUCCGGCCUCCAGCCGCUUCCUUCUGGGAAAUCUCCUGGCCGUAUUACCACGUUAGACUGUGACACAGCUGCACUGGACUGUUUUGGGUGUGUGAGAGGUGUGUAUGGAGGAUGAAAACCACCACGUAAUCAGUUUGGAUUAAGUUCAGAAUCAAGUCUGUGGGAGUUUCUAUAUUAUUUCUUGUUAUAAUCAUUGGUAUCUGACAUCUGUUUGCUUCUAAAGAUUUUGCUGUUCAUGAAUGCAUAAACCAUGUAGAAGAAAGCAGGGAUGCUGUCUUGCUAGCAUAGAAUUCUAUAGCUGGAAUCUACUAGAACCUUGUAACCCAUGUGCUGCCAUGGAGUCAGGAGAGGAAGAUGUAAGGAACUAAACUGAAAAAUAACGUGUAUGUGUGAGCAUGUGUGUCUGUGUAUACUGUUGUUUCAGUGUAUCCUUAUGUUUAUCCAAAACUUUGGGCACAUGGCAAACUAUCUGAAAUUCCUCUAAUUUUUCUUACAUUAACAAAUUCCACCUACUCAAAUGUGUAUGUAUGUUAUUAUUGGAGGGUAUAAUUACCACAACAUGUUCUGCCACCUUCCCCUUCUCAGUGACAUCUACUUCAGCCCACACCUUCCUCUACAGGCCAGCUUUUAGCAUUUGCUGCACUUCACUGCCAUCUUCCUGUCUCUGUCUGCUGAACACUCAGGAUAAUGUUCCACAGGCAAAUAUGGCCAAUUUCAUCAGUCACUGGGGCUUGGCCAGCAACUACUUGAAGAUGAAUAUGGACAAAUGCAUCUUAAGUAUUUAAGCUAUCUAGUCUAUCUGCUGUAAGCUCUACUUCUAAUAACUGUAUUUGACCAUUCAGGUUACUUUGUUUUGUGAAGAGAGGAUAAAUCCAAUUCUUAUUUAUAAGAUACAUAAAUCUAAACCAGGGUCAUCCUCAAUCAAAAAGCAAUUAGAAAGUCUGGGUUAACCUUCAAUGGAGCUGCCCCAACUGCUUCACCCUUCCUGGCAAUCAAGAUUGUGAGCCCUUCUGAUAAUUUGCAAGAUUGAGUCUAAGUAAAGGUCAGUUAAGUGAAUGACCUUUCAUUCCAUAUUUGAGCUUCAGUGCUUUGUGACUCUCAGAUGCAUAGGGAGAGAAGCAAAUUUUACAGUGUAGUGUGAAAUUUCCUUAUCAAAAUCUUAAAGGAAAUAAAGCCUAGUCAAUGUUAAAAGGACUCAAUCAACUGCUGCCUUGUCUGUAUAAAUCAAAUUUAAUUCUAACAGCCUUAGAGAAGAUCCAUAUAGCAGAGGCCUGAUUUUAUCCAAUUAUAGAUCUUCCUCCAUUGGCUUUCUUACCCCAACAAUCUCUGUCCCUGUCAUCUUCCUGUGUUCCCCCUACAUCCUACAUCUUUCUAUUUCUGAUUCUUUGCUUUUCCCUAUGGGAAGUUUUCCUUACAGAUGUUAGCUACCAAGAAGUUUCCUGAAAUAGUAGAGAAAAGGAGGAGGGGGAUUAAAACAUGUCCCUUACCGACCAACUUCAUUCUCUUCUCUUUAUUCCUUCUUGCUACCUUAUUUCCAUUCUCUGCUUUCUAGCAUGCUGAAAGGAGAGAGGUUAUGUAAGUGGCAGCACAUUCAGCGGUAAAUAGCUUUGCAAAUUUUAACAACUUUAUAAUCAGAUCUGGAUUCCCUCCAUCCCACACACACUUAUGCAUUCUCCAAAUAUGUCAUUUUUUUAAAAGUACUUUUUCAAACAGAAUUAGAGUUUUGCCAAGCCAGAUGUUAAGGGAAUUACAUAGAUUUUGAAAAGUUUUCAAACUUCUCUAGACUUAAAGAAAAAACCCAAAAUCUCUGAUCUGCCCAGUUUGCAUUUACUUGACCCCUAUUUAUCAAUACUACUAUGGAUUUUUUUUAAAAGAAAACUUAAGAGUAGGUAGAUGGACUUUAAGAUAAUCUUUCAAAGACCUUUUGUAUCUAAUGUAGCAUUAGAUAAAAGUCAAAAUAUAAAAUAUAGAAUUGAGUUGUAAAGUUAUUAAAGUACUGAAGUUGUUUUUUUCUGAUUUUAUUAAUAAGAAAUAUCCAAGACAUAGGUAACAAGACAAAGGUAAGGAGGCAAUUGAUUGAGGUCCUUUCCUAUAUUUAUAUGCAAUGAGUCCAAAGAAUUCAUCUCCCUUCCAAAAAACUUACAGCCAAUUUAAAAUUAUGCCAUUCGUUGCAUGGAGUGCAUGUGACUUGUAACCUAAAUUCGUUGCUCUGGCUGUCCCUUCUGGAGAUGGGUACAAAGACCCUGGCAGACCCAAAAUCAAUGUAAUAGCUCCAAAAUUCAAUAAUGACGAUCAAAUUAAAUAAUGAAAUCUCAAGGAAAAAAAGUUAUUCUAUGAGAUGAGUUACUCCCUCACCAUCCUCUUUGUAUUUAACUUGUUAAUUUGGUGUCACCAAUCCCAAAAUUUAAGCUUAUGUAUGAAUUUCCAUUUAACUCAUACACUACACAUGCACCCCUUAAAAGGGAGAUUAUUCUCCUGGGAUUAGAACUGUAGUCUCUCAGAUAACUAGGAAAGAUUGAUCUGAUAUGUUCCAUCUGUUGUAUGACUGGAGUUCAAUGUCAAAGCAAAACUUAAAAUUAUGGAAUACAAUGACUUAACUGUGCUGUUCUUGCAUGUAUCUUACUUAGACAGUGCUUGGCUACCCAGUGGUAUAAUCCUGGCCUGGUUCCUUUCUUAGCAUGUCCCUUUACUCACAAAUCAACAACUGGUUCUUAAAAUAUUAGAAUUAUUCAAAAUGGUUGUCUUUAUUAAAAACAGCAGCAGAGGACAUUUUUCACACUUUUUUUUUUUUGGUCAGGGAGGAGUGGGGAAGAGCAGCAGUAGGUUCCUCAGAGACUAUGAUACAACCUGUCAUCCCCAUAUGUAAUGUAAUAAAAGCAAAAUAGGUCUAUGCUAAGUGGGAAGAAGUUGUAUAUUUUAGUCAUCAUGGAGCUCACACAUCAUUUAAAUUCAAGGAAAGUUACACAAAAGGCUCUAAAAUAGGAAGGUGGGCUUAGAAAGUGCUUGCUUGAGAAUUUUAGAGAGUGAAAUUUAUAAACCCAAAUAUAGAAAAAAGAAACGUCAAGCCAGGGAGCAUUCCCAUAUUGUAGGAAGCUUUUCUGAUUCACUGAAACCAUUCUGGUUUCUAAAUUUUUUCUCCAAUAUCAGAGAUAAGUCAAAGACAUUUAUUAAAAUUUGUGUUUAAAUCCAUGGAAGGAACAUUUCAAAGCUCUGAAUAUUUUUUCUUACCCUCUGUAGUAUCACCUCUUCCCCCUCAUUGCUUCACUUUCUCUAAAUUUUUAUGACAGAACAAUAUAUUAAAGUUCAGGUAACUACAUUAGAAGCAGAGAUAAACCUGACUAAGCCAAUUUCUUCACUCAUCUUGAGGUCUGGGAAUAUCUGAAGGAAGAUAAGCUUAAGUUUUAUUUCCUCUACCUGAAUGAACUGGUUUAGUAGAAAUAACACCCCUAUCGAUUUAUGAUGGCAAAGAUAAAUAUUUUAGAAUGAAAUCUUAAAUAUGUCUCUUAUAGUUUUACAUAAUUGCAAUCUAUUCAGUACUGUUUCUACAUUAGGUGUUUCAAAACAACUCACCUUUUUAAGGGAAGUCUAGCUUUGAAAAUGAUUCACAACAUAUUUCAUUUGGAAUUUCAAUGAUUCACAGUAUACUGCAGGAUAUUUUUCUUACCAACACUUCACAAAUUCCAUGCCAAAGUGCUCCAACACCAACUCAGUUUUUUCCCUCUUUUUUUUCUCUUCCUCUCUCCCCCUUUCCCUCCCUUCUAAAGACCAGCUCUCAAAAAUAGAUUUUCUUCACUGGCCAACAUUGCAUUGGUGGAGCACCUAAUCAGGAGAAAGUUUUAAUGUCGGCUAAAUUAAGAACCUUAUCAUUUAGGAGAGAGGAUAGAUGGUCUCAGUUCUUCAAUUCGAUAAUUGAAAAUCCCAAUUAUAAUAGAUAAUUUAUUUUUAGCAAUUUGUAAACAAACACUGACAGUCCAAACAACAAAUAUCUGGGGAGGAGGAGUAAUCCAAUCUUUAUGCUAAAAUGCCUAAAAACCUUAAGUAAGAGCAUUUGCUAUUUUUUUGAAAAGCUAUUCUGAAAGAUUAUUUUUAUUUAAACUCUAGUAAAGGUGUACCUUAAGAAAACUUGAUAUAUGAAAAUUGAAUAUUUUAAAAGAUAAAAUUAGGGCCUUUAAAUAAAAAUUGGUAGUUAUUUCUCCAAUGGCAUUUAAAAUAUGACUUGACUUACAAACAAUACUUUGGGAUAUUUUGAUUGUGUUGGAUGUAUCAAAGAGGUGCCUCAAAUCCUGGAUUAUGGUUCAUUUAAUUUUAAGUGAUUUUUCUUUUCCCUCAUCUUUGCUUCUUCUUCCACAGUACUUGCAGCUAAGAAUAAAUUUCUUCCACUAUUUCUAUCAAUAGUGGCAAUAUAAA